AUGACCCCACGGGUGAGAUUGCCUGGUCAUUUUGAUUUGAUCGCUUUGCAAAGGUUGGUCAAGGUACGAGCUGCAGUUAUAAGUGCAGCUGCAUCAAUUCUGAGUGGUCAGCAUGCCCACAUAGUGAUACAGUCAGUGGCACCACUAGUGAUGUCACUAGCCAAGGAAUCACUCCGAGAAUGUUCAUCUGUGUUAAUUUCAGUAGCCAGACACUUUGGGGAACUCAGCUUUGCCCUUCACUCCUUCAUUUCAUCAGAUGAACGCAAAUGGCUAAUUUUUUUGUAUCAAAACAUGACACGAAUGGGACUUUCACGACCUGCAGACACCCUACGGCAUAGUGAUUAUCUGGUAACACGUGACAGUCAGGAAAGCAUAAAGUGGGCACAGCAGAUUCGCACAGAAGUGGCUUUCAGCUUUCCAAAAGUUGUAGUCUUCUUUCAGUCAGAGAACUGUGUUGAUGUUCUGAUGGGAGUUUUUCGUGAUCUGUCACGUGAUCCUCAUAUUCCUGUCAGGUGCAUGUUCAGCAGAGGGCUGUAUGAGAGCUUAUCUGCCAUUCAUCAGUGCAGUUCUCGAAUGCAGCAGGAGGACCUUGAUAGUGUUUAUUAA